AUGGAUUCAACAACAAUUCCAAGAAACUCUGCGGGGAGCACCCCAUCUUCGAGUCCAGGUCUAUUCAGUCCUUCGAGUUUACAUCGUCAGUCUGUACCGCUUUUCGACCAUGGAACUCCCCAUUCGAGUCCUUAUCUACAUCCUUUACAGAUGCAUAGAGUGAGAGAAACUCACAAAGCACAAGUCGAACAAGAUUUCAUUACUGGGAGGAAACUCAUAAAUCAAUAUGAAAUUAUCGAUGAAAUUGGGAGAGGUGUACAUGGAAAAGUCAAAUUGGCCAGGAGUCUUGAAACCCAGGAUUAUGUCGCCAUCAAAAUCAUACAAAGAUUCUCAAAGAAAAGAAGACUUGGAAGGGUUACCGUCGCUCCCGAGGAUAAAACCAAGAGGGAGAUUGCCAUUCUCAAAAAGAUACGUCACCCCAAUGUUGUCGGUCUACUGGAAAUUAUCGAUGAUCCGGAAUUGAAGAAAAUAUACAUGGUUCUUGAACACGUCGAAUUAGGGGAAAUAGUAUGGCGUCGGAAGGGGGUGCGGAAGAUAUCCCUAUAUGAACGGCGAAGGAUUGAAAGAGAAAUUCGGGGAGAGGAUGAUCAAGGAAAUGAUGAGGCCUAUUUCGAAACACUCAAACGUCGGCGACAACGGAAAGAGAUGAACAGAGCAAGGCUUUUUCAAUUCCAAGGAAAUGGAGAAUUCUGGAGUUUGGAACAUGGAGAUGACGACGGAGAAGAAGAAGAUCGUUCCGAAUUACCAUCUCUAUCGCGAGUUACCACACGAGACUCUUUCGUAUCCCUAUCGCAUACAUCCAUAGUCCGAUCAAAUCCUGUAUCUAUCAGAAGUUCUCGAGCCACAUCUAGAGCACCAACUGCACAGAGUUCCCGUGCCCCUACACCGUUACCGGGAUCCAUAGACUACGACAUAGGACCAAUAGAUAGUGACAACGAGGAAGAUGCAAUCGGCUCGUACGUUUCACAUGCUUCGGAUCUGGCUUUGGAAGGUACAAUGUAUGGUUGUUACACAGAAGAUCCAAUGUACCGGGGAAGAUCUCCUAGUAUGGCGGACAGUAUUAUUUCUCACAUGUCGUCAGUAGAUGGCAUGGCGCAACACGAUGCUUUCGAAGACGAUUUCUCUUAUGUUCCAUGCUUUACUUUGGAUCAAGCGAGGUCGGCUUUUCGAGACACUGUUCUAGGAUUGGAGUACUUACACUACGAAGGUAUCGUUCAUCGAGAUAUCAAGCCUGCUAAUUUACUAUGGACAAAGGAUCAUCGCGUCAAGAUAUCUGAUUUCGGUGUCUCAUACUUCGGUCGACCUAUCAGAGAAGGGGAAACAGAAGAGAACAUCUCCGAAGCUGAUGCAACCGACUUUGAUGAUGAUCUAGAGUUAGCUAAGACGGUUGGGACACCUGCUUUCUUUGCCCCCGAAUUGUGCUAUACCGACAUAGAUAUCGAACAACCAAAGAUCACUGAGCAGAUUGACGUGUGGUCUUUGGGCAUUACUUUAUACUGCCUAAUAUAUGCCCGCAUUCCGUUCAUGGCUGAGGAUGAGUAUCAAUUGUUCAAGGCUAUUGCAAAAGAGGAUGUCUAUAUUCCCAAAAAACGAUUAAAGGCUGUCGAUCCAGGAAGUUCAACCUCAAACUUUAGUAGAAGGAUGGGACCAUGGGAUGGGCCGUAUAGAGAUGAGGGGGAUCUGUCUUAUGAGGAAAUCGAUGAUGAACUAUAUGAUUUACUCAGGAGAAUGUUGAUCAAAGACCCUGCCGAGCGGAUCAAGCUUCGAGAAGUCAAACGACACCCAUGGACGAUUAAAGGCAUUGAGAAUAUUAUUGGAUGGCUUGAUGAUACUGAUCCAUCACGCAGGACCGCAGGACGCAGGAUUGAAGUUGAUAAGAGCGAAUUGGAACGCGCUGUCGUACCUAUUACCUUUUUGGAGCGAGCUCGAUCGACAUUGAAAAAGACUUUAGGCAAGGUCACUAGUGUGAUGAGAAAUGAUAGGAGUGAAGGAUCUCGCAAGAGGGCUACAAGCAAUGCCACAAAUACAAGUUCAGGUGCCGAAAACCCCACCCAUCCUCCACCAUACACUCCCAUCUUGCGCGAGCUGAUUCGUCGGGCAAGUCUUCGUGGAGAUGAAUACUUUUCAACCAUUGGUGAUUCUCACAAUGAUCACCAUAAAGAGUCAACGGAGCAUCCUUUAGCUCAGAGCCUAACGGCUAGCCCCGAUUUGGUAGCAUGCGAUCCAUUUCAGCAAGCAUUUUCCCUUUCUUCCCCGGUAGGAGCCACCCCCAGACGUUCUGGAUCCUCUUUAGCAUCUUCAAAUUUUGAUGCGAGACCAGGUCCACCGGAGCGCACUAUCUCGGGGACGCCAUCGAUUGCGACGGUCGUUCCUAGAGGUCACUCAUAUUCGCGAUCGGUAAAUCACGUCCUUUCCACAAGUCCCCCUGCAGAAGAAUGUCCAAGAACACCAGGACUAUUUACGGAUCAUAUGGGUCAAAUAUUUGGUGGACAUCUAUGGAACCCUAGGGGUCGGGAAUCCUUGAUGGAGAUUGAUGAAGGUGGUUCAUCGAGGGCUAGAUCCGUCGACAGGGGUCUUUUUAACGCGGAAGACAAGCAUGCAUCCGCCAGCGUUGCAAUCAGCACUGCAGUUGCCCCGGGACAUUUUGACCAUCCCCGUCCGACCCAUUCCCCCAAGACUAGCCCGAUCAACAGCUUUUUCGACAGGUCAAUACCCUCGCCCUUGUUCUUCCAACAUUGGAAUCUUAACAACCCUCAAUCGUUUUCGUCAGCAUCGACGCCUAACGUGAUGAGUACCCAAUAUGCCGCAUCAAUUCUUGACGAUAGACCCGCUACAGCCAACCGAACCCCAGAAGAAAAAACCUCUGAACCACGAACAUUUGGGGCGAGUACACCUGAUCCGUUUGGAAGAGCUCGAGAACAACUUGAUCGACGCAGGAAAAUUGAAGCAGAUUUACAUGCAAAGAGAGUUGGGUUUCACAGCUCGAAACUGAAAAUAAAAACUGCUUCAUCAAGAAAUUGUCCGCCGUCACCUGAUGAUGAAUGCUUCGCUCAAGAACAGGAAGCUGCGAAACGUGCUCGGUCAUAUAGCUCGGUCAACUCAACAAACAUAAUCUCGCCAGGUGAUAUGACCUUCCCGUCCGAUGUGAACUCGCCAAUCUCCUCGGUAGCUCUUGGUUCACAAGAACAGUUCUUCCCAUCGGUGCCUUCAUUACCUGCUUUAGUAUCUGGUUCAUCAUCUGUUUCUGCUGAUCCAGAGGGUGAUAUGCUUCAAGAUCCUGGCAUGUGUCAUUCGCAAUUCGUCUACGAUACCUCCGAAACUCUCACACCACCUUUGUUUUCUAAGCAAUCUUCCGCAAACAAAACUCCCACAAUUACGGAUGAUCAUGUUUCUAUUCAUCCUUAUGCAGAUACGGAUGAAGAGGGAUACAAUGGUGAUGGUGAUAACAGUAUGAAUGCGGGUUUGGAUGACUCGGAUAGUGAUGAGGGGCUUACGAUGACGAGGAAGAAACCAACGGCUAAAUUGGCAGGGAUGGGUAGUCAUGGUAGAAGAGGUACGAAUGCAAGUGUUGGGAGCACAGAUACUGCCAAGAAAGUCUCGAUGGAGGGAUAA